CAGCUUUCCCGCAAAGAGAGAGAGAGAGAGAGAGAGUCGCUGAGAGGGUGCACGUGUGUGCUCGCAGCAUAGAAACUAGCAAAUAAAUCAGCAGAUCAUUCGCGCAGAGCAAGGCGCCGCCGCCAGUGACUGAUAAGGCACCUCCCCUCCUCUAGUGCACAAAAGUGAACAAAUAAUACAAUUCAUCAAAAAUAAUAAUAUAGACACAAAAAAGAAUAUACAGAACGGAACGUAACGGAACAGAACCCAAGAUGAUGUCACACACAGUGAGGGUCUUCAAGAUGAUGUACAUUGUGGCGGGGAUCCUCAUCAGCAAUGCGGAAAUCUGCAACACUGUCGAUCGCAUACAGAUCGCGCCACGCGUCGAUCUCAAGCCAGAGUGGCCCGAGCAGCGCGCCCUGAACUCUGCCGGCUCUCGCACUGGCUCACGAUCGGGCUCCCUCUCGCGCAGCAACUCGAGCUCAAGCUCGGGUUCGGGCGAGGAGACGGGCGAUCGGAAGCGACGCGGUCGCCGUUUGAGUGUCAGCGGCUUGGCCGGCGGCGUGGUGCGUGGCGUGACGUCUCAGGUGUCGAAGCGCGUUGGCCAGCGCUUUGGCUGGCUGUACGACAUGCGGCUGAUACUGCAGCAGUGGCGCGCCUUGGCGCUCGGCUUCAAUCUCUGGACCAUACCCAACUUUCUGGUCGAGUGCGUGACCAGCUACAUGAGCAAAAAGCUGCUCAUAAACAGCGACUGUGAUAUGAUCUACAAGUAGAGAAAA